AUGAAAGCAAACCUUGACCGCUCCUUCAAAAUGAAAUAUGAUUUUAAUUGCACCUCACUUCAUACUGGCUUCACACUGUCAAAAUCUACUGUGGAAAAAAGAAGCCUGGGAAACUCCUGCCCCUUGAGCUAUGAAGAGGGGUUUUGUAAAGACUGUGCCAAAGAGCAUCAAAAAGUUUCUGCUAGUGAAUCAUACCACACAGUCCCCAGAAAUUUAGAUCUUGAAGAUGAAGGAAAGCCUGUACAUAACAAGGAAAACAAACAAGUAACCCAGAGACUUGAUGAAGGUAUCUAUGAAAUGGAGGCACUGGAUAGUAGUAAGUUUAAUGAUGACAGUGGUUACUCCUCUAUGUUAAGCAACCAGUACAGCGAUCCAGCGGAACAUGAGGACAGCAUACCCUUGGCUGGCAAUCUCUGUGGCACACCAAAGCACUGUCUUAUGAAGAACCAAAGCCAAGUACCGUUCUCAAAGACUUUGUUGCCAGUAAUCCAUUAUGAAAAAAUGAUUUGCUCAACUUUGAAAAAAAAUGGUAAAAGAAAUCUCAGGUCUCGAACUGCAAUAGACAAGAUUGUUUUUAGGGGAAAGUUUGAACUUCAUAACCUAAUUGGAAAGAAAAUGGGGUUAGACAGAAUAGAUAUUCUUGCUGAACUCUUCCAAAAGAACCUGAAGCACGUUUUAGCAAGCAUCUUAAGGCAUCUUGAUGAAAUGGAUUUAAUAAAUGUUGCCAAAGUCAGCACAACGUGGAAGAAGAUUCUACAUGAUGACAAACGGGCUUUCCAAAAAUAUAAUGAAGCUGUGAGAAACAUUUCUGAUGGCAGCAAAACAUCAGAGCAUGCUGGAACAAGGGAAUAUGUUAUCUACCGAACAGCUUUAGCUACUGUUCAGAAAGCUACCCAACCAAACUUUGGUAAAAAAGGCAACAGAUCCAAAACAUCUAAGAAUCACAGCAGGCUUAUUGAGUUUUCUGAGACUGCCAAGACCUUGAAAAACUGCGAAAGCCUUAAAGCCUGCCAUCGCUGCGGCUCACCUGCAAAGUACGACUCCUAUCUACACAGAGCCACGUGCAGCCGUGCAAGCUGUGGCUUUGACUUUUGCACAAAGUGCAUGUGCAGCUACCACAGCUCCAGUGACUGUAUGAGUGGCAAACCAUUGAAACCAAGCUCUAAGCUCGGGCCACUUCCCGGGACUAGGAAAAGCAAACAGAACCUACGGCGAUUGUGAUCCAUCCUAAUACAGGUUGAUAGACAAGCCAUAAAUGUUCUUUCAGAUCUAGAAGAUACUCAAGA